AUGAGACUUUUGAGGAAUAUUGCGGCGGGAGUCGUCAGCGCAUUCUUCGUUUCUACUGUAAAUGCACACUCACAACAAAGAAAUCCCAUAUCAUACUUCUCGUCGCUGGAAAAUGCGAGGAUACAUACGCCGUCGAAUCGAGCGCACGCGGCGUCGCAGUUCACAUUGUCGUUUGAUCUGCAUGAGAAGCAGCAGCAUGUCAAGUUGGUCUUGACGCCGAACCACGAUAUCUUGGGCGAUGGAGCGACCGUGUCGUAUAUGGCGGCGGACGGGACGUUAAGGCAUUCGGAACCGUUAGAGAGGGAGGAUUAUCGGAUAUUCAAAGGGGCGGCGAUGGUGCAGCAUUCUGUGGGCGCGGAGUGGACGAAUGUUGGAUGGGCGAGGAUCGUGGUUCAUUCUGAUGGAGCGGAACCGAUGUUUGAGGGCGCUUUCAGACUUGAUGGAGAUCAUCACCAUAUCCAGACGAGGACGAAUUACAUGCAGACAAAGCAUUUACUGGAUCCUGUUCCCGAAGAUACUGGCAAGGAGUAUAUGCUCGUUUGGAGGGACUCUGAUGUUACGGAGGGUUUGGCUGAGGAUCUCGGGGGCAUGUUACAUGGCGAGCUGAAAAGAAGUGUUGGCGAAGCGCCUUCAUGCUCUGCCGAUGGUCUGACCUUUAAUACACAGCCUGACCAUCCUGUCUACCGAGCGAUGUUGAAGCGGGAGGACAAAUUCUGGGGAUCUAUUUCAACUCGAUCGCUCUUCGGCAGACAAAUCGAUGGACAGUUGGGGGGAAACUCUGCUGGUGUCAACUUGGCCUCAACUGUUGGACAAACUCAAGGAUGCCCAACCACUCGCAAGGUCGCCUUGGUCGGUAUUGCUACCGACUGCACGUAUACCGCUGGGUUCAAUUCUACGGAAAGCGUCCGAAACAAUAUCAUCAGUGUCAUCAAUAUGGCUUCGACUCAAUAUGAGGAUAGUUUCAACAUUACGCUAGGACUUCAAAAUCUCACCAUUAGUGAUGCUGCGUGCCCUGCUACCGCACAAGCCGCUGCUCCAUGGAAUGUGGGAUGCAGUGACUCUGUCACUAUUCAAGAUCGCUUGAAUCUAUUUUCUGCCUGGAGAGGCGAACGACCGGAUACAAAUGCUUACUGGACACUACUUAGUACCUGCGCAACCGGAUCGGCUGUCGGGUUGGCUUGGUUGGGUCAAGCAUGUGUUAACACUGCUCAAGUUGCUUCCUCAAGUAACGCUAACGAAACCGUGAGCGGUGCAAAUGUGGUCGUCAGGACGGGCAGCGAAUGGCAAGUCGUUGCACACGAGACUGGUCACACUUUCGGUGCCGUACACGAUUGCACGUCAGAGACCUGUGCUGAUGCCUCAAUGGUGGCUUCGCAACAGUGCUGUCCUUUGAAUGCUCAAGUCUGUCCCGCCGGAGGACAAUUCAUCAUGAACCCCAGCACUGGGUCUAAUAUCGCUAGGUUCUCUCCAUGUUCGAUUGGAAAUGUGUGCUCCGCCAUGUUGCGAAAUAGUGUCAAAACAAACUGUCUGGUGUCUAAUAAGGGUAUUACCACUAUCACCCGAAGUCAGUGUGGUAAUGGGAUUGUCGAAGCUGGAGAAGACUGUGAUUGUGGUGGUGAGAGUGGUUGUACUGGCAAUACAUGCUGUGAUCCAACCACCUGCCGCUUCAACACCGCCAACAACGCCGUCUGUGAUCCUAGUAACGAAGAUUGCUGUACACCCACCUGCCAAUUCUCCGGGUCAGGUACUGUCUGUCGAGCAAGUACAGGAACCUGUGAUCCACAGGAGACUUGCAGUGGAACUAAUGCUGCCUGCCCAAUUGAUGUCAACGCUCCUGAUGGAACAUCAUGUGGUAAUUCUUCUGGUUUACAGUGUGCCUCUGGACAGUGCACCUCUCGUGAUCUCCAAUGCAAGACCUUGAUGGGUUCUUAUACGCAAGGAAACGACACCUACGCAUGCUCGUCUUCAGGAUGCCAGAUAUCAUGUGCUUCGCCCGAAUUUGGACGUAAUACUUGCUACUCGAUGCAACAGAAUUUCCUCGACGGAACAUCCUGUCAGGGAGGAGGAAGGUGUUCGAAUGGAGACUGUAGAGGGUCGAGUGUAGGAAAAGAAAUCACCAGUUGGAUCGACGAUAACAAAACUCUGGUCAUAGCAUUAGCAUCAGUCAUCGGUGGACUCAUCGUCAUCGCCAUCCUAUCAUGUUGCAUAUCCCGCUGUCGAAGAAAGCGAACACGACCAAGCAAACAAGCACCCCUUCCACCACCAGGCUGGAACAGCGGGUCGGGCUGGAAUCAAAACAGCAAUGGACGUAGGAUACCAAGCGGCGAUGCCGCGCAGGGCUACUGGGGGAGCGAUGGGAGAUGGCAACCUGCGCCGCCUCCUACAUGGCAACAACCUACUGUUCGGUAUGCGUGA